GAGAGCAACGUGCCUGAUAGGCUGACCAAUGGCAAGCUAGAACUUGUCCUCAAGGACAGUCAGCUUGCGUACAUACCGCAGUCUGUCUUCCAAAAAGUUAAACCGUCAACGCUCGUUCUGAGCAAUGUGACAGUGCGAAGCUACCGGACGCCCGAUUCCGACACCUCUGUGUUUGCGGAGCUUCGAGACACACUGGAGAAGCUGGUCUUCCACAAGAACAGCAGUCUGCCGGACUCGUGGAGCUUGCUCAAGGACAACCGACUGCUCAGCGAGCUGCUACUCUUCAGGAUGGCCUCGCUUCGACUGGGCCAGGACUUCAGCGAAUUGCCGCCCAGUGUCAGGGACGUGGCCGUGGUCCAAAGCACGAUCUCCGGUGUGGACGCCCGCUGGCUGUCUUCCUUGGACAACCUAGAGAGCCUCCGCAUCGACAAGGUCGAUUUGGAGAAGUUCGAAAGAACAAUGCUUCCGAGACCCGCUUCCAAGCUGAAGUACCUCACGAUAACUGGUACAGACUUGUCGGCGCUACCCGAAGACUUCGGACAGGACCUGCCAUCUCUGGAGAAGCUCAACCUGAGAAGGAACAAGUUCGCCACUAUUCAAGAGGCCGCGUUAGCUCCUUUCAAGAGUCGCACAGUCGUCGUCCAACUCGAGGGGAAUCCCCUGGAGUGCGACUGCAGUAUUCUCUUCCUGCUCGGCUACCCGGACAGCUGGCAGUACCCCAACUGCGAGAGGCCAGCAACGCUGGCCAAGACGCCACUUCGCCAACUCACGCCGUCCAGCCUGGGUUGCACUGCCGCCUCGCCCGUCGUGAAGAAUGAGCAAAUAAAAACACGCGCGCGUGCGCGAGCACGUCUGCGUUUUGUCUGCCGUUUUUCCAACAUGCAAAGCAAGUCAGUUACGACGGCAAUAUCAUCUUAA